AGACACAUAAGCUUCUUUAGUCUAAUCAACUCCGUAGCUUAGACUUGGACAGGCCGGAUUGGAUUGGCAUCAUCAUCCGACGGUCCUCAUCUUCUCUUUCUCUGCAACUUAAUCCUAUCCGUUCCUUCAAAUUCACCAUAACAUAAAAGCGCGGGAACUCGGACUAGAACGAAAUCAUCCUUGCAGUCUGAGAGAGAGAGAGAGUUUUUCUGUUCUGUGCUGUGCUGUUAGUGCAAAGAGGAAGCCCUGUUCUCACACUGAAAAUGCCCCCCCAGAAAAGGAAAGCGGAGCUGAAAGAAGAAAAGUUCGAGGCGGUGGAACCGGUGGCCAAGGCUCACGCUCCGCCACUUCCCAGGGUCACUCGGAGCGCGGCUCGUCGAGCUGCUGAGGGAAGCUCCUUUGACGCGGAACCUGCGAAGAAUAAGAAAGCGGAAACGGCGAAGAAGAAGGGUCAGGCGAAAGAGAAAGAGAAAGUUGUGUUCGAGGAAAGCUCCUUUGACGCGGUGCCUGCGAGUGCGAAGAAGAAGAAGGGUGAGGCGAAAGAGAAAGUUGUGCCAGAGGAAAGCGCAGUUUCUCAAGAUGAAGACAAUGUCGAUAAUGGCACUAAGAAGAAGACUAUCGUCAUUGAGCACUGCAAACAGUGCAAUGCAUUCAAGACAAGGGCUCUUCAGGUGAAACAGGGCUUAGAGGAUGGAGUUGCUGGCAUCACAGUUCUAGUCAAUCCAGAUAAGCCUAGAAGGGGCUGCUUUGAGAUUCGAGAGGAAGAUGGCGAGACAUUCAUUUGUCUUUUGGAAAUGAAGCGGCCAUUUAAGCCAAUGAAGGACUUGGACAUGGCUAAAGUCAUUGAAGACAUAGUUGACAAGAUUAAGUGAUGAUUAGCUCGAUCCAUGCUAUAUUAGGGUUUUUAUUAUCACAGACAGUAAUAGCUUUUUUUUUUCGGCAUAUUGUCUGAUUAGCCAAGUUUGUCUUGACAAUAGAUUGCACUGGUAUAGAUCUCAUUGAUCUACUUUUUGAAUUGCUAUUACUGAUUUAAGGCAUAUAUGGUAAGAGUGGUUAAAAGACUGUUAUCGUUUAACUCUUGUAUUACUCUAGUUUUUUCAAUGAAUGAAAAUCAGUUUCAUGUCA